UAUAUAUAGAGAGAGAGAGAGAGAGAGAGAUUCAAAGAAGAAAGCAAGAGUGGCAAUAUCAGAAAAAUGGAUAGGGUCUUCUCUGUGGAGGAAAUCUCCGGUCAGUUAUGGUCAUCUUCUCCGGCUCAACGUGACGACUCCUCCAAGAUGAACCGUAGUGCUUCCGAGUGGGCUUUCCAGCGUUUUCUCCAAGAAGCAGCAGCAGCAGCAGCGGCCGGCGAUGCCGUCUCCGACUCUUCUGCUGGUGACGACAACGACGCCGUUUUGGAGAUCGAGCAGCAGAGUUCGAAUCAGAAUCAGAAUCUCGAAGCUAAGGAGGGGAGAGUCUCUGCCGGUUCGUGUAGUGGUCCUGGGAACGGUAAGGUGCCGUUUAAUGCUCCUCCUCCUCCUAAUGUUUCCAUUGAUUCCGAGGACUACCAGGCUUUCCUCAAAAAUAAGCUCAAUCUGGCUUGUGCUGCCGUUGCCUUAUCAAGGGCAUCUUUUUUAAAACUUCAGGAUUCGGCUACCAGAGAUGACAGUGGAGCACCGGCUUCCAACACUUCACAAUUGGGAUCUCAAGAUCCUUCAAAAGGAAGUGGGUAUGAUUUAUCCAGGUCUCAAGAUAAGGAUGCUAAUGGAUCAGUAGGGAUGCCUUCCUUGCCAGCCAUGCAAAAGAAACCUGCGGUUCCAAGUCCUUCUGACACAUCUGCAGACCCUUCUGUUCCUGUGCAAGAUGACUCAAAGCAUCAUUUUUUUCAGUCCGCCUCAACUAGUUCAGUAGCAACUCAGGACCUGAGAGUCAACAAUGGCUUGGCAGAUAUUUCUUCAGUUGAAACCGUGCAGCCAAAUUCUGGGACAGUAGCAGUUGCAGAUAACAAGAUUGGACGAACAGCUUCCAUGCAGAGAGUAGCAAGUUUGGAGCAUUUGCAAAAGCGAAUUCGCGGAGGCGUAAGUCCAUGUGGCCCACAGUCAAAUGGAGAGCAGUGAUGAUAACAGCAUGACCCUAUAGAAGUUAGUGAAAAGAUUUCUGAAGACUGAUCUGAUGGCAUUCACCAUUUUUAGGUCAACUGUAUGUAAGAAAGCCUAUUCUUUUGUGUUAAAUGUGAAUGAACUGUAACAUUUCAAUCUUCAACUCAAUCCUAGCUGGAAGAAACUGCUAAUCAGUUUAGUUAUAAA